UGCAAUACGAUUAUUUCAGGCAUACAUCGUAGAAAUUGCUAGCAGUUCGAUAUAUUGAUUUUUCACGAACAAUUGCUGCUUACUACGUCGUGAGUAAUCGCAAGAAAUUUUUGCAAAAAAUCUAUUAAUAUAGAAUUUUAAACACGUACAUCCUGUUAGAUAUGUGAAAAUUAUCCAAGAUUUAGUAAUAAUAUAGUUUGUUGGAAAAUCAGAAUAACAUGCAAAAAUGAUGCUCGCUAGAGUAUGUCGGAGUACUGUUACGCCAAAUUUGGUCAGUCUACUGAAGACUCCAGUUAGUUCAAAAUCGUUUAUUCCGAGAAUUCAAACUACCAGAUUAUUCGCUAAUGAUGGACGCGGUACAUUUACAAGAUCUGCUCGUAGGUCAGCUACAAUAUCGGAGCAGGCGAUGGCUCCUGCAGGAGAAACUGCAUUCACUAUCGGAAAAGGAGUUGUCGCUGGUAGUGCUGUGCUAGGAAUAGGUUCACUGUGCUAUUAUGGUUUGGGUUUGUCACCAUCUAUGGGAGCCAUAGAUUACGCGAAGUUAUGGCCCCAAUAUGUAAAGGAUAGAAUUAGGAAUACGUACAUGUAUUUUGGCGCAUCUAUAGCAAGCAGUGCUGUAGCUGCAGCACUAUGUUUACGUUCACCAACUAUGAUGAACUUGGUAAUGCGUCAAGGAUGGGUCGCUAUGUUGGUAACAUUGGCAUCUGUUUGGGGUAGUGGAAUAUUACUGCAGGUUCUUCCAUACCAAGAAGGUUUUGGAACGAAACAAAUAGCAUGGUUGAUUCAUACUGGUACUGUAGGUGCAUUUCUCGCACCUCUGUACAUACUCGGAGGACCUCUGGUACUUAGAGCUGCGUGGUAUACCACUGGUGUAGUUGGUGGUUUAUCAAUGGUUGCCGUCUGUGCCCCAAAUGAAAAAUUUUUGAAAAUGGGAGGCCCAUUAGCCAUUGGUUUGGGAUUUGUGUUUGCAAGUAGCGUUGGAUCAAUGUUUUUGCCACCUACAACAGCUCUUGGAGCUGGUUUAUAUUCAAUAUCUCUAUAUGGUGGUCUGGUGUUAUUCUCCAUGCUUCUUUUGCACGAUACGCAAAGAGUUAUCAGACAAGCAGAAACGUAUCCAAUGAACGACCAUCUCAUGAGGCCGUACGAUCCAAUUAAUAACGCGAUUGCUAUUUAUAUGGAUGUAGUAAACAUCUUUGUACGAAUUCUCACGAUAAUAGCAGGUGGAGGAAAUAGGAGACAAAAGUAAAAGAAUGGUAAAUAUCUGAUCUCCUGGUAGCAUAUACAAAAAUUAUGGAGUUUUACUUUCAUACUACGUUUAAAAAAUGUAAUUUAGUAUUAAAUUUAAAAUUAUAUUGUGAUAAAUAAGCUUUUACAUGCAUAUAUUUUCUGUUGUAUUAUAAAAUUAUAUGUAAAUUAUUAGCUUGUUUAAAAUAAAAUAUAAAAUGUAAAAAGUAAA